CCGACCGGCGGCGGCGAUCGGAGCUGCGAGAGCGGCUGCGGCAGCGCGGGGCGGCAGCGGGUGGUCGCGCGGCCCAGCGAAGGCAGAGGCGGCGGAGACCAUGGCUGGAGGCAAAGCUGGAAAGGAUAGUGGGAAGGCCAAGGCCAAGGCAGUGUCUCGCUCACAAAGAGCUGGACUACAGUUUCCUGUGGGCCGCAUCCACAGACACUUGAAGACUCGCACCUCAAGCCAUGGACGGGUGGGUGCCACUGCUGCCGUAUAUAGUGCUGCGAUUCUGGAGUACCUCACUGCUGAGGUGCUGGAGCUGGCAGGUAAUGCUUCCAAGGAUCUCAAAGUAAGGCGUAUUACUCCACGUCACUUGCAGCUUGCAAUCCGUGGUGAUGAAGAGUUGGAUUCUCUUAUCAAGGCUACAAUAGCUGGGGGUGGUGUGAUCCCUCAUAUCCACAAAUCUCUGAUUGGAAAGAAGGGACAGCAGAAAACUGCUUAGAGGGUUGUUUUAACCAAUCCUCUUCCUCCCCGUCAUUGUACUGUAACUGGGACAGAAGAUAACAGCGGGGAUGUGUGGAAUUUUAAAAAACAGUUAAAUGGAAAGGCAUAGACAAUUACUGUAGACAUGCUAAAAGAAACAUUUGUAUGUUCUUAGACUCGAAGUUUGAUAAAGUACCUUUUCAUGUGGUGACAGUGUGUGUUGAUUGGCUAGGUUUCUCCCAUAUGUUUUAUACAAAAAUGGAAUUGAUAAACCAUUUUUUACAAAA